AAAAAUUUUCCAGUUUUCUUUUAGGAGCAAACGAGUAAGAGUGAGUGAAUAAGAGAGAAACAGAGAUUUGGGAAAGUUGGCCUACUUAGUUGAUUUUCCGGGUUCAAAUGAGAAAGUCAGUCUUUAAAAUGUCGGGGUUGCGUUUAGAACACAUUUUUGUUGUUGGUCUUUGUCUUUGUCAAUUCGAGAUGGGACUAUCCAAUCCCAUAAAUCAUGAGCUUAGUUCGCUGCUAAACCAUCGGCAACUAUUAUUAGCGGAAAUGUCUAGAAUAUAUAUGGAACCAAUGAUACCAGAAACCCAAAUGCUCCUAGAUGAUUUACAACAACGUGAUCAUCAAUUACAAAUGCAAAUCGAACUAAUCGAGGCUGGAUCGGGAAUAGCAGGAGCCGGACCUGGAGAGAAUAUUGCCAUUAAUCUGACAGCUGACUUUGAGCAUUUACAAAGAAAAUUGGAUGAAUUGAAACAUCAAUUGGAAAAAACAGAGCAUGUAAGAGAUCGAGAUGGUGGAACAACUACAACCACAACCACAACAUCAUCGCCAUCAACUGUCAAUUCAUAUUUCUGGACAUCCCCAUUGUUGGCUAUGCCAGAUUUUCCAGCAAGUGCACAGCCAAAUAAUCCACCAUCGCUUAUUAAACGUCUUUUGGCCAUACUAAGGCCAAAUGGAUCUAAUUCAUCUACAUCGAGCAAUUGGCGUAAUCUUUGGCAGCAGCCCGUCGAUUCAGCGACGACAACUACUUCAGUAAAUGCCGAGGAUUUGCUAAGACAAUUGAAAAAGCAACGUAAUUUUCUUGAUCAAACCAUUAUGAAAUUGGAACUUUUGGCAUCCAAGAAAGCUUGAUAAUAAUGUUAAUUAAUUGACUUAAA